UAUCUGCGCGGGCUCUCUCUCUCUCCUUUUCAAGCUCGCAAAUGGCCUCAAGGGGCUACUGCACGACGCUCAAAACGUACGGCCCGAAGCCCAAGACCUUUCGACUGAGCGAGGAUGGCGAGGAGUACUACCUGGGCUCGGAGGUCGGUAACUACCUCCGCAUGUUCCGCGGGGACCUCUACAAGAAGUACCCGGGGCUCUGGAAGAGGAAGAUGAGCGCCGACGAGCGGCGGGUCGCCAGUGAGCAGAUCGGCUACGGACACAGCAACAUCUCCUCUAACGUCCAGAUAGUCCGGGCCACGGAGGUGGAGGAGGUUCUCAACGGAAACGAUGACAAGUUCCGCUCCUCGCUCAGUUUCGACUCGGUCGGCGGGGGGCACAGCAGCUCCGAGCGCAACCAGACGUCUUUCCAGGCGACCAGCGCCGCAGCUGCCUCCACCAGCGGGGCCAACACGCGUGGGAAGAAAGGCUCGUGGAUGUCGCAGAUCCCAAGCAGCUCCUUCCACCUGGAUGCCGUCCCCUGCGCCUCGCCCGUGGGCCGAGUCAAGAUCGCGGGGAAGAAAGUAAAGAGCUACCCCACGUGCUAUAACGACAAGUUCCCUGCAUUACUCUAUCAGACUGCAACACAACCUGAAGUUCUGGUGCCAGUUCGACUGGACAUCGACAUUGACGGCCAGAAACUACGAGAGACUUUUACGUGGAACAAAAACGAAAUGAUGCUGACUCCAGAGCAGUUUGCCGAGGUUCUGUGCGACGAUCUCGAGCUGCCCCCGGGAUCGUUUGCGGGGCCCAUCGCCCAGUCAAUCAGACAGCAGUGCGAGCAGUUUUCAACUGACAUGAUCCCCGAGGACGAGGAGGACAGGAGAGUGGUUGUGAAGCUCAACAUACACGUGGGGAACAUUUCUCUGGUGGACCAGUUUGAAUGGGACAUCUCCAAUCCUCGAAACAGCCCCGAGGAGUUUGCUCGACUCCUGUGUGCAGAUCUCGGUCUUGGUGGAGAGUUCGUCACCGCCAUUGCCUACUCCAUCCGUGGACAGCUCUCCUGGCACGCCAAGACCUACGCCUUCAGUGAGGCCCCCCUGCCUGCUGUGAAGUUCCCAGUGAGGCAGCUGGCAGACGCAGAGGCCUGGGGUCCCAGCAUCCAGGUCCUCACAGACUCCGAGAUGGAGAAGAAGAUGAGAGAUCAGGACAGAAACACUCGGUACUGUGAGGAUGGACCCAGACAGUUUGAAGGAGCUCUGGAGGUCAACUCUGAGCUGCAGCGAGCACAGCUGCUGUUCCCAGGAGAGCUGGUUCAGCCCGAGGCCUUUGUGGUUGAUGAGGAAGGCUACAUCUACACCGGACUGGGGGAUGGUAGGUUGGCGAAACUGAGUCCUGAUCUCUCCAGCUACUCUACUGUCCUCAGAGUGGGCUCUCCUCCUCACGACAACUGUGGGACUCCAGAUGCAGAGGACCACUGUGGAAGGAUCCUGGGCCUCCACCUCCACCCCUCCUCCCCCCACCUCCUCUAUGCCGCUGACAGCAGCUUCGGACUCAUAAGAAUCAACACUCUCUCAAAACAGGUCGACGUACUGGUUCCCCGGGGACUAGUUGACGACGGGGAAGUCCCGUUUGUCAACUUUGCAAAUGAUCUGGUUGUCCUCGACAACAGGAGCGUGUUCUUCACGGACUCGAGUAAGAAGUUUCCACGUCGAGACGUUGUUCUGGAGGCGUUUGAGGGGAGAGGGAACGGUCAACUGCUGCACUAUGACCCUGUCUUGAACAGAACUAGUGUGGCAGUGGACGGAGUGUUCUUCCCCAAUGGUCUCUGCCUUAGUCACGACGGCUCUGCAGUUCUCUUUGCCGAGACCUCCAGGGCCAGAAUCAUGAGGUAUUAUCUGAGAGGCCCCAAGGCAGGACAGACUGAUGUGUUUGUGGACAAUCUCCCAGGCCUGCCGGACAAUAUCUCCCCUAACGCCAGGGGAAACGGUUACUGGGUCCCAUUUGCGGUGACCAGGAUGUGGAUUACAGAGUACAUGGUCGAACUACCAGCACUCAGGUCCCUGGUAGUCAGGCUGGGGCUGGCGAGGGUCAUAGCUCACUAUCUUCCUAAACAUGCCCUGGUGCUGGAGCUGGACGCCGGAGGUCGAAUCGUGCGGAGUCUCCACGACCAGGGAGGACUGGUCCUGGGGAGCAUCAGUCACGUGAUGGACCUCGGAGACCGCCUGUUGCUGGGCUCUUACGAGGCUCCGCAUGCAGCUGUUCUGACUCUCACCACACCACCACAGAGAUAGCAGGAGAAUUAUGACAAUAUUUGCUUUCUCGUUUUAUCUAGGCCACCAUA